AAGCUUUCUCUGCCCCAUCUCUGUUCUCAACAAAGCCAAGAGUUAUGGUGAAAUCAGUCUUUCUUCUCUACAACCUCUUUCACUCCUUUCUUCUUUGUUUAGUCCCCAAGAAGCUCCGAGUUCUCUUCCCUCCUUCUUGGUACAUCGACGACAAGAACCCACCUCCACCGUCUCAAGUGGAAACUGAAUCUCCUGGGAGAACAGAUCUGGUGGAUCUAAAACGAGUGUUUCAGAUGUUCGACAAGAACGGAGACGGACGCAUCACAAAGGAAGAACUAAACGAUUCUCUAGAGAAUCUAGGAAUCUUUAUGCCUGACAAAGAUCUGAUCCAAAUGAUCCAGAAGAUGGAUGCAAAUGGAGAUGGGUGCGUAGACAUAAACGAGUUUGAGUCUCUUUACGGUUCGAUUGUGGAGGAAAAAGAGGAAGAGGACAUGAGGGACGCGUUCAACGUGUUUGAUCAAGACGGUGAUGGGUUUAUCACUGUUAAGGAGUUGAAGUCUGUGAUGGCUUCCUUGGGGCUCAAGCAAGGUAGAACCCUAAAGUGUUGUAAAGAGAUGAUUAUGCAAGUGGAUGAAGAUGGAGAUGGUAGAGUCAAUUACAAGGAGUUUCUUCAGAUGAUGAAAAGUGUUGGCUUUAGCAAUAGAUCAUGAAUUGAUCUUUUUUUCUUUUGUCGCUUCGACAGUUUUUAUAUCUAAUAGGUUUUCGAUUUGCCUUUGCUUCUU